AUCCUUCUCUUCUUCUCUUCAUCUCUUCAUCCCUUCAUCUCUUUCUCAAGGGUUGUGUGUCUGAGUGUAUGUAUAUAUAGCUCUGGUGAUCACUGAGGCCUGAAUUCCUUGUUUUUCAAUUGGAAAAGAAAGGCCUUUUUCAAUUCCAAUUUAGUGUUUUUCCUCUCUUUCUAUAUAUAUAGAUAAAUAGAUAGGAGAUGGCACCAGUGAGUUUGCCUCCGGGUUUUCGAUUUCAUCCCACCGAUGAGGAACUUGUAGCUUAUUACCUGAAAAGGAAGAUAAAUGGAAGGAAGAUUGAGUUGGAGAUCAUCCCUGAGGUUGAUCUUUACAAAUGUGAGCCUUGGGAUUUACCAGAGAAAUCCUUCCUACCAAGCAAGGACUUGGAAUGGUAUUUCUUCAGUCCUAGAGACCGAAAAUAUCCAAACGGUUCGAGGACUAACCGUGCAACUCAAGCUGGUUACUGGAAGGCAACAGGGAAGGACCGAAAAGUUUGCUCGCAAAGGCGGGCAGUCGGAAUGAAGAAGACCUUAGUGUAUUACCGAGGCCGAGCACCUCAUGGUUCUCGCACUGAUUGGGUAAUGCAUGAAUACCGUCUCGACGAAAAGGAAUGCGAAACUUCCUCCGGUCUACAAGAUGCAUAUGCACUCUGCCGAAUAUUCAAGAAGAGUGCACCGGGUCCGAAGAUCAUAGAGCACUAUGGUGCUCCUUAUAAUGGAGAACAACAACAGUACUCGCAAUGGAUGGCAAGUGAUCACUCACCCACUACUGUUGAUCACUCCUCUGAUGGAAGAGUAGAUGAAUUGGAGAGCUGUGGAUAUACUUUCCAACAAGAAACAUCAUCAUCAGACCUCUUUCAAUCCUCCUUUUUUGAUUUAAAUCCUCCAUCUGAAACAAAAUGGAUGCAAUAUCUUUCUGAAGAUGCACUCAACACCACCACUUCACCACCAUUUUACAACUCUUCAAGCUUCUCUUUUCUUCCAUCCAAGGUUGAUGUUGCAUUAGAGUGUGCAAGGCUUCAACACAGACUAUCUUUGCCACCAUUGGAAGUGGAGGAUUUCCCACAAGUUGAUCUCGCAGAGUCGAAAGCUCUACAUUGUGGAUUGUUUAAACAAAGCAAUAAUAAUGAAGUUGAUAUCCUGCAAGAGUUUUUAUCAGUAGCUUCAGCUUCUCAGGAACUGAUUAAUAAUAGCUCAAAUUAUCAAGAAAUGUGGCCUGGAUAUAAUAAUACAAGCUUCAAUGAAUUCACUUCUCUUGUUGAUGAUGUUGGUUCAUCAAGGCAAGGAGAAUACACUAAGUUGAUAGAGAUCAGUGAGUUGGAAGAGGAGUUCAAGGAAGACAAGAAGGAAGUUGAGAACCUUAGAGGAGUUACAAGCAUUCAAAGUUAUCAUCAUUUAGAAGAAGAUCAAAACAAAGGAGAAACAACUCAUCAGAACAACUACAAUGAUGAUGAAGGUGAGAUUGAAUACAAGCCUAUAUUCUCUCAAGCAGAACAAGAUGAUAAUUACUGCAAUGCAGAAACGCCGAAUUUCGAUGUUUAUGAAGACAUAAAAGUGAGCCAUGGAUUGUUUGUUUCAAGUGGUAGCCCAUGCAAGAACAUACUUUCAUCAUGUGGAGCCUUCCAAGCACAUUAGUUUCCAUCUGAUUAAUCCAAAUGCAGGUAAAGACAGUGUCAUUGAGAUUAAUAUUGGAUCAUCAAUUGUGAAAAGCAGAGGAAGAUCAGUAUCAGUUUUCAGUAAAUUCAAGGCAUUCAUGAAAGACAAGCUCAUGAGGCCAUGCAGAGAUUCAUCAUCAAUGAGCAAUGGAAAAGUGAAUGCCAUGCUUGGAAUGGUUGCAGCUUUCUUGAGCAUUGAUAUCACAAAGUUAUCAUGGGGAGUUCAUCAUCAAAGAGGAAAGAUGUGAAUAUUUAUAUUGUUCUAAUUGUGGGGAUUAAUUAACUUAGACUUGGUAAUGAAGAAUAAUUUGAUUAAUUUAUUAGCUAAUGCCAACUU